AUGAGGGAUUGUUUGAACAAGGUCAUUGAAGCUAUCAAGGAUUCGGAUCUCUCUCCCCUACCUCCAAACCGGGAAAUGCUUAUUCGCUCAGGAUGGACGAAGCAUAUUGGGACAAUGUUGGAUGGUACAGUGGUGAUUGUACGGCAAAUUGCCCUCGAGCAUAGCCAUGUUCUCAUUCAUUGCUCUGAUGGAUGGGAUAGGACCAGUCAGCUCAGCUCUCUAGCGCAAAUAUGUCUGGAUCCAUAUUUCAGGACUAUAGACGGGUUUAUGGCGCUGGUGGAAAAGGAUUGGGUCAGCUUUGGUCACAGGUUCCGUGACCGUUGUGGCUUUCUCGGGAGUGAUAAGUGGUUCAUAGAGAAGAAAGUCUCCCCGGUGUUUCACCAAUUCCUCGACGCAACCUAUCAAAUCCUGUACCAGAACCCCACACGCUUUGAGUACAAUGAGCGUUUCCUAAGAAGGCUCCUAUAUCAUCUGUACUCUUGCCAGUACGGCACCUUCCUCCAUAACAACGACAAAGAACGUCACGACGCGCGGAUCCAGGAGCGCAGCCGCAGCGUGUGGGACUACUUUCUCGCUCGAAGGGAGAUGUGGACCAACGAAAAGUACGACCCUGCUGCCGACGGCGCUGAUAGGGAGAGGGAAAUUGAUGGGGGGAGGGUGCUGUUCCCGAGAACCGGCGCGGCGAUCAGAUGGUGGGAGGAGUGCUGGGGGAGGGAAGUGGGGGAAAUGAACGGGAGCGCUAUUAGUUUGCCUGCUCCGAGCCUCCCUGAGGAAGGGGAUGGGGGUGGAACUGGAGGUGGAGGAAGGGGGGCCAGUCCGGCACCCGGGUGGCAGGGUGGGAGUGUUGGUGGGAGCGAUAAAGGGAUAGAUGUUGAGAUGAUGUAGACUUGUAUUGUCCUGUUUCUAUUCCUCUCUACCGUAUGUUUUUUCUUUUUUCUUGUUUUUCUCUUUCGUUCUUUCACCCUUUUCUUAUUUUCCUCUGUUCCCUCCUCCUCUCCCCUAAUCGGGGUUGUUAGUUAGGUUGCUAGUUUCUGCAUGUAUUUCGGCAUCCAAUCGCAUGGUGGUUUGACAGUUUCUGCCUGCUCUAUCUCGUUAGUUAUCUUCGUUAGUUGGUUCGCUUCAUCAACACAUUUGGUCAUGGAUGCUUGUGCUUGGCAGUUUAUUAAGUGCCGGUAUUUGGGCGCUUUGCCGCCAAAUACCGGUAGACACAUAUCAAUACCAGGGUGUCUGAAAGCUUUAUAAAUUGCUAGCCUACCGUAGUCCAUACUAGCGGCCUAAGGGUCAGCAGAACCUUCUUUUUUUUUCCGCUCUUUUUCUCCCAUUCUCCUCGUCAUUUCCCUUACUCGAGUAUGAUGAUACAGUACCGGUACGCUAUCAUACCGUCCUCUCCUCCCCCCGGGAAUCCCUC